UACUGGAGGACGUGACAGGCUGUUGGCGGUCGUUGUUGGCAAUGCCGGCCGUGAGCCGGAGCGUCGAAACCUGGUGGCUUGGGUGCUUCGUGAUUUGUUUUUAAAUAUAAAUAGAUAACAAAAAAUCCGCACUCUUCCUCCUUUAUCCUCGGAGGAAAAUUAACAUAAAAAAGUGAAGGAUGCCAAGUUUCGGCAGGACUCCUGAACCGCAGCGAGAUCAGCACCGAGAGCCGUUGCCCAGAGACGCCGAGAGGUGAGGCGGCAUUUUUUGUGUUAUUUUUGCAGGGUUAGGCUGACGCUGUAGAACAUCGCCACCACUAUGCCUGCUGUUUGGCCGAGUCUUCUGGAUCUCAGCAGGGAUGAGUGCAAGAGAAUACUCCGAAAACUUGAACUUGAAGCUUAUGCUGGUGCUGUUAGUGCUCUUCGAGCACAAGGUGACCUUACAAAAGAAAAGAAGGACCUCCUUGGAGAAUUAGCCAAGGUUCUUAGCAUUUCAACAGAGCGCCACCGUGCAGAGGUUCGUAGAGCAGUUAAUGAUGAAAGAUUGCUGACCAUUGCACAUCAUAUGUCUGGGCCUAACAGCUCAGCUGAAUGGUCCAUUGAAGGUCGUCGGCUUGUCCCCCUCAUGCCAAGGCUAGUUCCUCAGACAGCAUUCACAGUAACAGCGAAUGCAGUAGCUAAUGUGGCAGCUCUGCAUAAUGCCACUCUUCCUUCACCAGCUGAAACCGGUAACAAAGAAGUGAUUGUCUGUUACUCCUACACAAGCACCACUGCUACUCCAGCAUCAACCACAGUACCUGGUGGAAGUGUAGCAACGGUCAAAUCUCCCAGACCUGCAAGUCCAGCUUCCAAUGUUGUUGUGCUGCCAAGUGGUAGCACGGUUUAUGUCAAAAGCGUUAGCUGUGCUGAUGAAGAUGACAAACCUCGCAAGCGCAGGCGUACAAAUUCAUCCAGUUCUUCCCCCGUGGUGCUUAAAGAGGUUCCCAAGGCAGUUACACCAGUCGCCAAGUCAAUUGCAGUUCCUGUUGGCAGCAGUCCAAAAGUAAGCAACAUCAUGCAGAGCAUCGCAAACUCCAUUCCCUCGCAUAUGUCACCAGUGAAAAUUACUUUUACCAAGCCCACCACCCAAACGACAAAUACAACUACACAGAAGGUGAUAAUAGUAACCACAUCACCAAGCUCAACAUUUGUACCCAAUAUUUUGUCCAAGUCUCACAAUUAUGCAGCUGUCACCAAGCUUGUGCCAACGUCAGUCAUCACCACUGCGACUCAGAGACAACCAGUGGUCAUUACUGCCACUCAGCCUCCUUUUACUGCUGGCAGUACCCCCUCGCCUUCAUCCACGUCCGUCACUGCUGCUGCCACAUCAAUGAUUUCGUCAACAUCUUCUGUUGUGAUGUCAACAAUAGCUCAAGGUGCAUCUGGUACUGCAGUUAAAGUUACCGCAGCCAGGCUUCAGUCCCCCAAAGCACUUAUGGGCUCCCCAACUCAGAUCUUGACGCAGUUUCCCAAACAGCAACAGCAGCAGCAAAUGUCACAAUCUCCACAGCAGCAGUCCCAACAGUCUCAAACAUCACCUGGUGUCAAACCUACCAUUCAGAUCAAACAGGAGUCAGGGGUCAAGAUUAUAACCCAACAGAUGCAGCCAAGCAAAAUCCUGCCAAAACCAGCAACAAUGCCUAGUACUAGCACUUCGCCUAUUAUGGUGGUUAGCAGCAAUGGUGCCAUUAUGACAACAAAGUUGGUUACUACACCGACAGGUACCCAAACUACCUAUACACGCCCUACAUUGAAUCCCACCAUCAGUGCUCGUAUGGCAGCAUCUACAGGAUCUACUACCUACAUGAAAACUACGAGCGGGAGCAUCAUCACUGUAGUACCAAAGUCACUAGCUACAUCCCUUGGAGGAAAAAUUAUCAGCAGCAGUAUCAUGUCUGGAACAACAACAAAAAUAACUACAAUCCCAAUGACUUCUAUGACGUCGAAGCCAAAUGUCAUUGUUGUACAGAAGACUGCAGGGAAGGGAACAACCAUCCAGGGUAUUCCAGGGAAAAAUGUGGUCACAACAUUGUUGAAUGCUGGGGGUGAAAAGACCAUUCAGGCAGUACCUGCAGGGACAAAACCAGCAAUUAUCACUGCAACAAGGCCUAUCACUAAAAUGAUUGUGGCUCAACCAAAAGGGGUGGGUUCGUCAGUACAACCCACCACAAAAAUCAUCCCCACCAAAAUUCUCUACGGACAGCAAGGGAAAACGCAGGUUCUGAUUAAACCAAAGCCUGUGGCUUUCCAAGCCACAAUGGUGAGUGAACAGACCCGUCAGCUGGUGAGUGAAACUCUGCAGCAGGUGUCGAGGGUCACGGAGGGAAGCACCUUAUCUGGACAAGAAGGCAGUCUGAAGGAAGAUGCACAAUCCUUUGCUGAGGGCAGCAGUGGGAGUGGUUCCUCUGGUGACUCCGUACAAAUCUCUCAUGGCAAAAGCAGAUCGUACAUCGAGAUACAGAAAACCCGAAAUAAUUAUUUGAACUCUCAGCAAGUGGUCCAUGUUAUUUCAUCAAGGAGCCAGGACUGGGCCGAACACGAAGUUGCCAUGGACACCAGCCCCACAAUUAUCUACCAGGAUGUUUCUGGAGAACCCCAAUCAGCGACCUCCACCAUUAAAGCACUGCUGGAACUCCAGCAGACAGGUAAAGAAAAGUUGGAGUCUAAAUCUCGGCAGCCUACUAUUGACCUCAGUCAGAUGGCAGUCCCGAUCCAGAUGACACAGGAAAAGAGAUUAUCACCAGAAAGCCCAGCCAUCACUGCUCUUGACUCAGAGCUAGCUUCCGAGUACUUCAACUCUGGUAAGUGCCCCCUGCUUGAGGUUAAAAGAGAAGUUUCUAAAAAUCAAGAUACGUGUAGGUGCGUGGUAAAUAAAUAUCAGUUAUUUUUCAGACUUGUAAUAAAGGAAUUGUAGUGUAAAUAGCUUUCUUUUUUAGUCACUUU